GACUCUACUAGUACACGUCUCCUUUUUUCCUUGGUUAGUAAACUAUUCAAAGCAGGAGAUACAGGGGUUGAUUUCCAAAGCAAAGUGUGAUUUAAACAUCAAGGCACAUUCAUUCAACAUCGGGAGCAGUUCUUCGAUGUAAAUAAAGUUCCACCGGUGCCGACGCUUUAAAUGCGGAAGUGCGGCUGUACUUUACUAGUCUUAGCCGUCCCCCUCACCCCAUUAAUCAUUCCCAACGUCACGGGUGCCAUCGCAACAACUUUACUUCAAUGUAGCAGUCUUCGCCAAAGCGCUAGGAAAUAAAUACACGAUCGAGUGAUGGAAUGGCCGGAUUUCCCCAACUUCCUGUCAUCCAACAUUCACCCUUCGCAAAGCCGACGUCCAAUCCUGCUACCAGUAGCCAUGGACCAAAUCAGCUCAUCAUGUAUUCCAUUUAUCCAUGUGAUGGAGGGGCUGAAGUAUAAGACGCCUACUUGUUGGGAAUACCUCAGCAUUCCUUCCUUCGAGAGCGCUGCCGACCAUAUGUGGCAAACGUGGGCUGUACUCCUAGCGUACGCUCAGAUUCGUCUUUGGACAGAACUGAAAAAGGAAUCUCUGGCUAAGGAUUACUUACGAUGUCUUCUGCAGACAGCAAAUGCAACGUUGGCCCGCGAAUUCGACCACCUCUGGUCAGAAUACAAGCAAGGCGAAUCACAAGUUGCGAAACGUGUUCGCGAUGCAUGCGCAUGUGCAUAUGCGGUCCAGGACGGAAGUCCGAAUGGUACAAUCAGGACAGGCGAAGAGUUAUCCCAGCUGCGGAAGUCUGUACUUUCACUAGACUUAGAGAACUUUAUGGAUCUUCUAUUGGACGAAAUAAAGGCGCCCGAUCAGACCGAAUCUGCCACGUUAAUGAAAGCUAUGACAGUGGGACAAGCCUAUUGGAAUACCCCUUCAGAAAGCUUCGAACUUGUGUCCGAGGCUAUGGAGACCAUUCCCUCGACGUCACCUUUGACAUUUCUUCGACUGACUCAACGUCUGGCAAAGAUUGGCCGUGCCGGCUGGGUGAGACGUGGGAUCAGCUCGACCAAGGUUGAGAAGGUCUCAGGCCACUCCUGGCGAAUGGCAAUUCUUGGCUGGCUGUUAGUACCUCAGGUGAGCCUCACAGAGUUUCGAAUGAUGUCUUCACUGAUCAUUUUCUAGCAAGGCGAAAUCAAUCGGAUGGAGUGCAUCAAUAUGAAUUGCGCUCAUGAUAUGGGAGAAGCUAUAGUCGCAGAUGUCACUCCUCAUGAUGGUAUCUUGAGAGAUGAUAAGCAAACCCAUGAGCGUCACGGCCAAAAGCUCUUAGUAUACACACUUAAGGUCCCAAAUCCGUUCGCUGCCACGUUUCUGCGUAGACUCUUUAAAACAUUUGAGGAAGGCAAUGAGCUGGGAGCUAAAGUGUGUCACGAUAUCGACUCAGCAGAGCGCCGCGCACAAGCUGUAGAGCUUGCACGACGCUAUAAGAACAC